AUGAAUGAGGGAUGUCGCUCUAUUUGAUCAAACUCGUUCUGGCGUCCAACGCAAGUGACAAAUUUAUAAACGUCAAUUUUUGUUGAACGAUACGGUGGAAACUAUAGAAUGUACUUCGAUAUCGGUUUAUCGAACGUACAACGUCUUGAGCUGAUCGAGUACCUGUACGUUUACUUCACAACUGUUCGUAUCUCUCCAAGCUUUAGUCAUAAAAAAUAAUAUUGGGUACUUUGCAGCAAGAAGUGCUGCACUGAUCUCGCCAGACAGCUCGCUGAAGCUCAAGAGCGACAAAGUUUGAGUGUACCUGAAGAAAACCAAAUCAUUUACCGACGACAGAAACACCACAAGUGGUCGAGUUACCACUUAACUCAUACAGCAGAGCUACCUAUACCUGUCGCAGUGCUUAAAGUCAGCGGCCUCAUAUAUCUUAUGAAAUGGUGGAAGUCAACUCAAUCGACAAGUUGUAAGCUCAAAUCAGAUAUGUUUGGCCAAAAAUUCACAAACACCCAAGCGCCUUUUCAUGUACGAAGGAAAUAUCCAAAAGCUAUCCACAAGCUGUCGUUUCUCAGAGGUAUUUUACUUCGUGCGAAGAUCGAAGUACAAUGCUGGUGCAUAGAAAUUGCUGGUAUCUACGAUGAAACGUCGGAAUGAUAAUAAGCGCUCGCAUUUUUAUUCAAUCCCUCGUUUCUUUCUCCCCUCUCUACACGAUUUGUUGAUUUUAUUGCAGAAUCUACAAACGACAGCGUUCAACAGGUUUUCCAGUGCCGGAUGCUCUGGACAAUCCAAAACCUCCGACCAAAUCAUUGCACGUUUACAAGGUGUCAAUACAUCAUAUCAUCGGGUGCAAGUAUAACGAAAUUUAGAAAAAUCAAGUAGACAUCCAUCGCCAUUAGAACAAUUGUAAAAAAAUUACAAUGUAGAACAACAGACGUCAAACGGUGUCAACAGGAAGCGAUAGAAUAUAGAAUUCAUCACUUCCACAGACGGAGGAGGCAGGUGCCACCUGUGACUUAAGUUUAAUAUAAAAUCGAAAUGAAUAAAAACUAUCUCAGCACCCAGGCAACGUAACCAAAACUUCUGCAUUUGGUUGUCGUGUGAUGGCAUUGACUAUCGUGGAUCUACCAAGUGACGUGCACGUUGCUUGAAAAGCAACUGAAGGAUUGAGCAAACGAUAAGGGACAAGGUAUGGUAUAAACCACGCUAUUUCGAUGAAGUAGAUAAGAAUAGACAUUCGGAGCGAAAAUAAAGAGCUGGAUACUAAGUGAGUGAAAAGCUGUACAAAAUUCGAGCGCAAGCUGGUCAGAUCAGUUUAUACAGCAGACGAUGACCACAUGGAGCCAGAUAAGUUUGACAAGAUGAUUUGAAAGAAUGCUGGAUCUAUAUAACACAAGAAUCAGUACAUCUGAACAAUCCAUCUAAAAGCUGACUAUUCGUUUUAAGUAGAAAAUUGCCGCACACAAGCACAAAGGCAUCCACUUGUUUACUUCUGUAUUUCUGUAAUCUGCAGGACGAAUUGUCUUUGUAAAAUCGUAACCUAAGAACUCAUGGACGGCAUGCCUCUGUAAACAAGUGGACCUCACCCUGUACCUCAUUCACGUCAUCAAAUAAUGUUUCUGGAUGUAAAAUCUGAAAUUUUCACUCGUCGUACAUAUGCCUUCCGAUAUGUCAAAUCUCUUUGAUCUAGCAUGCUCAUCCUCUAUCACAUCGUACUGUAUCCGAAGCCACGGUAGACGUGGAUUUCAUUUUGGUCUACAUCUUCCCUGCCGACUGUUGAAUAAUUUUAAGGAACCUCGGAAGACAAGUGGGAUAUCUAAACCACCCUAGACAGUAGUAUUUCGGUGCAGCUAAAUGUGUCUUUAUGCUGACGAGAGACUCGUCAUUCUAAUAUUCUCGUAACUUUCUCGGUGAAUCUUUUCUAACUAUAUUCGACAUCUGCUUAUCUGCAUAAAUGGUGGAUUUUGCUCAAUAUGGUUUGUAACAAUAAUUGAAAACCGGAUUUCUUGAUGAAAUACUAAGAGGAUGGGAAGAAUCACCUUCAAUACAUUGGAGGUCGAGAGAAAAAGCAAGAAACUUGUCAUUUCUUCAAGUGUCAGCAGGCACAGGAUCAGUUCCGUUUCAAUCGCAACAGCUCAUUAACAAAUU